AUGGGCAUUAAAGUGCUCAUGUGGGGAGCCGCAGUCCCGACCAUCUACUACGACUUCGUAUGCGAGCUGUGGCUGCAAAUCUUCUACUGGGCAAUGGCGAGCAGCUCGGCGCUCUGCUGUGCCGUCUUCACCUUCACACCGAGCCUCGUCACGCCGUAG